GAUGAAUAUGAGCACCCCAGUUAAACAUCACUUGGUUUGCCUCGAACCAUCCUCACUUUUUCUGAACACGGUGACACAACAAGAAUCUCAUCUCCAAUCGCAAUCUCAUCUCGCAAUUUGAGCUCACAACUUGCCCAAGCCCACUCAACCCGAUUCCAACCCCCCUACGCUGCAACCCACCGCCACCAGACCAGCACCAUUACAAGGAAGCUCAGCAUUCGCCAAAAUCGAACUUCGAAUCAACUACUACCACCACCACCACCAACACCACCACCAAAACAAAGACAGACAUGGACAUCCCCCACCAACUGCAAGCCUCCCUCUCCACGACGAGCAUCCCCGUCCCCUCGCUCGCCUGGCUCGAGGCGCUCGCGGGGGCGCGCAGCCCCGCGCCGCCGCUGGCCUCCCUCCUCGCGACGGCCCGCGCGCGCCUGCUCGCCAGCGACCUGACCGCCCCGGGCCUGCUGGACGCGCGGUACGCCGCCGCCCACAGCCUGCCCGCGCGGCUGGCCCAGACGCACGCCGGCACCCGCGAGGCCGCGCUGCCCCACGACGUCGUCGUCCAGGUUCUCGACGUCGAGGACGUCGCCCGCUCCCGCUGGGAGCAGGUCGAGGCCCUCGAGGCCCUCGAACGCGGCGAGGGCACCCGCGGCCGCGAGAUCAUCCGGCUCAACACCGCUUCUUCCUCUUCCUCCUCCUCCUCCGGUGCCGACGGCACCGCGGAGGGAGCAGAAGAGGAGGAGGAGGAGGAGGGAGGGAAUGCUGCAGCCGGCGCAGGCGGGGGUGGUGGUGGUGGCGGCCGCGGUGGUGCCACCAGUACCAGCAACAACAACAACAACAACAACAGCAGCAGCAGCAGCAGCAGCAGCAAGAACGGCACGCAUAAACUGGUCGUGCAGGACUGCAAGGGCCAAAAAGUGCACGCGAUCGAGCUCAAGCGGGUGGAGCGGCUGGGCGUGGGCAGGACGUUCAUCGGCGAGAAGAUCCUGCUGCGCGCCGGGACCGUGUUGGCAAGGGGCGUGGUGCUGCUCGACCCGGCCCACUGCGUCGUGCUCGGGGGCAAGGUCGAGUCGUGGCACCGCGCCUGGCUGGACGGGCGGUUGGCGAGGCUGAAGGAGGCCGUUGGAGCCGACAGGAGGACGUGA